CAUAACAUGGCUCAAUCAACCUUACUGGGCCAAACACGGUGCCAAGACGCUCCGAAAGCCGUACACAGCCACAGUAAGCCACAGGGCCGAUGUAUUUCUUGCUUCUGCACUGACUUUUGCUACAUCUCGCCUCAUAAUGCCUUGUUCUCUAACAGCUUCAACACACAAUGUUGCCUGCUCCACCAACGACGCAAAGGGCCCGCAGUCCAUCUCCAACUGCCCUCGCUACCCGAGAGAGCGCUGGGUCAACCAGGCCCACUAGCUUCUCAGCCCUUUCCAUAACCUCUCCAGCGUAUGUUACGGGGCACGCGUAUGCGGAUUGGUAUCUCGAAACCCCCAGAAAUCGGGGAGUAAGAUGGACCGAUCCGGCCAAGAGAGCGUUUGACUCGGCCAUCGAGGUCCUCCAGAAUGUACCCGGACUCGAUGACAGCUAUUUGGUAUGGAUACGUGAUAAGACGUCUAUGGCUAACGUCCAGGAUGCUCUGGAAAAGGCGGUAAAAGAAUACGAAAACAAAGCCGAAGACUCCAAGGUUCGACAGUGGUUAGCGCGCUGUUCAUCGCGAGUCUUGUACUAUGCAACGAUCUUUGAUGUUUACGCCCCUUAUCAUCGCGAUUACGUGUCUUUUGCUUGGGGGGCAUUCAAGUUCCUUUUCAUCGCUGUGAUGAAUCAGGAGGAACUUCUUGUUGAGUUGGCCAAGGCCAUCUCGCGGAUCGCCGAUGUUCUCCCCCGGACUGAGCUGCACGCGGGACUCUACCGAACAGAUAGAAUCCAGCAGGCCGUGUCCAUGGUCUACGCAAAGAUUAUCGAGUUUAGCGUCAGGGCGAUUAAGUGGUACAAGAAAAACAAACUCAAGCACAGCAUCACAUCAAUCAUAAAGCCCUUUAGCCUCAGCUUUAAGGAUAUCGUCGACGAAAUCUCAGAGCGGUCGCGAACAGUGGACGAACUGGCUAGCGCGGCGGCCAAGGCGGAAAUCAGAGAUCUCCAUAUCAACGUACACCACUUAACUCAAGGGUUCAAUGAGUUGAAGGAGAUCAUGAUUGCUUCCCAAAUCCAACAAAGUCAGAUCAUGAUUGACCUGCGGGACCAAAGACAAUUCUUCUGCAACAAUCAGAUUCAAGACAUGAAAAAUCUGUUGCUGGAUGGCACGACGCCGCCAAAGGAUAACCUGAGCUACUGCAGUUCGAUGCGUAACCGCCGUAGGCAGAGAACUCCUGUCCAACUCCCGCCGCCAGAGAUUCUGAAAUUGAAGGCCUGGCUUUCGAAUCCAUCUUCUUCGCUCCUCCUUGCUCGAGAGCAAGGGGUUAGAACCAGCGCACUGGACUUCGCCACUGGCUUCCUUGAGGCUGUGCUUGAAGGAAACUAUUCGGCCAUUUGGGUCCUACCAUCUGCUGGCGGUGACUGCCAACCAUCCCCUUCAGUCACAGGUGUGCUGAAAUCUCUGGUCUUGCAAGCUCUGACUAUAAAUCCAAACGGUAUGAGCGAAGGUGCCCACCCUGUACGGAUGCAGCACCUCGGGAGCGCGGUUACAAUCGAGCAUUGGUUUAAGGUCCUGGAGCGGUGCUUACGCGAUAUACCUCGGCUUCUCAUCGUGAUUGACAUGAGACUAAUUGAAAUGGCCGUGGACCAUGACGAGGAUGAGCACGACUGUUUUAGAGUGAGCGACUUCGUUCAAAUGCUUCAUGAGAUAGUGCAGAAUCGGGCAAGGGGAGGGUUGAAGAUCGUGAUAGUAUCAUGGAGAUUCAAGACAGCCACUUUAGCUGAGGCUGAGGAGAUAUUUGGGGACGAGCAGAUCUUCACGGAUGGGGGCCGAAGGAUGGAGAAGAUGAUGAGGCAGCCGAGAUAUAGGGCAGUAUUAAAAAGAGACCACGUGAAGUUCACGCAGAGACUCAAGGCAAUAGUCCAGGAGUUAGGCGAAGAGGAUUAGCCAUUAAUGCAUACAUUUCAUG